CAGAAGGCAAGAAAAAGAAGAGAGACGAAAAAGUGCUGGAAAGUGCAGAAGUGCUGCUACAAGACAGAGUUUUUACAACAUAUGUUACAGGUCAAAGUCCGGCGUUUCGUGGUUACUGUUGCUCCGACCACCUCCGACGGUUCCGACAGGCUCUCGAUAAUACAUAAAACAAUAAUUGAAAAAAAGAAAGUAUUAAAUAUCACAUUCGCACAAUAUGUUUCCUCUUCUGAAAAACUGUCUCGUCGCAAGACAGGGAAUUGUCAAUUAUGCAGAAGCUCUUAUCCGUUAUUCUGGAAUUUCUGCAAACAAGGCUUAUUCCACAAAGAGCGAUAAUGUCUCAAAAAAUAUUGUAUUCGUCGAUGGUGUACGCACUCCAUUUUUACAAUCUGGUACUUAUUAUAAGAAUCUUCUGGCAUAUGAUCUUGCAAGACAUUCAUUGGUGAGCUUGCAAAAGAAAGUUGGAUUCCCCAAAGAGAUAGUUGAUUACAUUGUCUAUGGCACAGUGAUGCAAGAAGUGCGAACUUCUAAUAUUGGAAGAGAAGCUGCUCUAGCCGCAGGAUAUAGUGAACACACUCCCGCGCAUACAGUAACGAUGGCUUGUAUUAGCAGUAAUCAGGCUAUUACCACUGGUAUGGGUUUAAUCGCGUGUGGCGUUUACGAUGCCAUUGUGGCAGGAGGAGUAGAAUUUAUGUCAGAUAUUCCAAUUCGACAUAGUCGGUCCAUGAGGUCUCUGAUGCUGCAAGCCAAUAAAGCAAAAACCUUGCAAAACAAAUUGGCUCUCUUAGCCAGUAUCAGACCAGGUCAUUUCAUACCAGAUCUACCAGCUGUGGCAGAGUUUUCAACUGGUGAAACUAUGGGACACAGCGGGGAUCGUUUAGCAGCAGCGUUUGGCGUGACGCGCAAAGAACAAGACGAUUACGCAUUGCGCUCUCAUACUUUAGCCGCGCGAGCGCAGCAACAAGGAUUGUUAUCAGAUGUAGCACCUUAUAAAGUUCCGAAUGUUGACAAAGUUGUUGAUAAGGACAAUGGUAUUCGCGUAUCUACAGAAGAGCAAUUAGCAAAGUUGAAACCUGCGUUUGUUAAGCCUUAUGGAACAGUCACCGCGGCUAAUGCUUCGUUUUUAACCGAUGGUGCAUCAGCAGCGUUAAUAAUGAGUGAAGAGAAAGCUCUUCAACUUGGCUUGAAACCUAAGGCGUACCUACGAAACUUCACUUAUGUAUCCCAAGAUCCAGUUGAUCAACUGCUUCUAGGACCGACAUAUGCGAUUCCGAAGAUUCUGGACAAGGCAAAAUUAUCCUUGAAAGAUAUAGGAGUAUGGGAGAUACACGAAGCGUUUGCCGGACAAAUCUGCGCCAAUCUGAGGGCAAUGGAUUCCGAUUUGUUUGCGCAGAAGUAUUUGAAGAGGAGUUCAAAAGUCGGAUUACCGGAUAUAAACAAGUGGAAUGCUUGGGGAGGAUCUCUGUCGAUUGGUCAUCCAUUUGCUGCCACUGGAGUACGAUUGGCGACACACACUGCUAAUCGACUUAUUAAAGAGGAUCAACAAUUCGGCCUUAUCGCGGCCUGUGCUGCUGGUGGACAAGGAGUUGGUAUGAUUAUGGAAAGAUACCCUGGUGCUGCAGUCUAAUCCUGCUUUUCCAAGAAUACAAUUGAUAUCUCCAGAUAAAAACGGACUGUUUUUAUCUAACAAAGAAAUAGCAAAAUAAUAUUUUUCUACUCAAGAAAAGUAUUCGAUGUGGAUCUUUUUUAAGAAAAAGUAAUUUUCUAUUAGUUGUUUAUGUACAGAAAUCAUUAAAUUAUAUAAAAUCUCUUACA